AUGAAGAUCACUGCUCUUAUUGUAUCCGCAGCAGCCGUCGUCCUUGCUGCUCCAGCAGCCAAAUCCAGCAAUCCCGAGAUUGAGGCUCGUAACAAUCAAUUCAUCUCCCCUAAGGAUACAUUCCUUCACUACAUCAAUACUGGCGUUACCAACCAGGAUGUUUAUGGGAAACCCCUUGUGGUCAAGAACGGCAAGGCCGCCGAAGAAACCAGCGCAGUCGUCACUUUCCAGUUUGGCAGCAGCUACAACCAUCGCCGAUGCAGACUCCGCUUCGACACCUCUCCAGGUGAUGUCUCCAAGGGCUCGCAGCAACUUGACGUAUUCAGCGUGAUCAACCCACCUACCUGGCCGAUCCAACGCCCAUUCAGCAGAGACCAGCACCGUGGCCGUAUCUAUGUUACUGUUCCUGGAAGCGCACAGUGGGUUCAGGGCUAUAACGGGUAUCCGGAAUUUGACUGUCCUGUCAACCAGCUCAUUGGAUAUGAAUUUGUCGGGGUUUAUGAUUAUGAUAUUGUCGACUGGCGUGCUGGUUCAACUGGGCCUCGCAUCGAGGUUCUGUGA